UUUUUAUUAUUACAUAAACCACCAAUCUUUAAGAUAACCACGACCCGUUAACCAACACACACUCCUGCUAUAUAUCUCACUCACUUCCUCCCUCCCUGUCUCUUCUUUCUCAGUUCAAAGUUGUUCCAACUUUGAACAAAUAUCUCUUCUGUCUCUACUCCCAUCAUUCAAUGGACUACUUUCAUCAUCAACAUUCUUCUUCCUCUUCACAGUCACCAUCACUUCCUCUUCCACUUUUCUCUUCUGAAACCUCCUCUUCCAAAACCUCAAAUAUGAUGCAAGGAGUAAGUAGUUACUUCAGCAUAGGGCAAUGGCAGGAGCUUGAAGUUCAGGCAUUAAUAUUCAGACACAUGCUCACUGGCUCACCCAUUCCUCCACAACUACUUCACCUUUUACUCAACUCCAAUCACAACCUUAACUACCCACGUUCCAACUUCCCACCUUUGUAUCAAACAGGUGGAGGGUAUUGGGGAAGAGGUGGUAUGGAUCCAGAGCCCGGGAGGUGUAAGCGAACCGAUGGUAAAAAAUGGAGGUGUUCAAGGGAUGUUGUGGCAGGUCACAAGUACUGUGAGCGCCACAUACACCGAGGGCGCAAUCGUUCAAGAAAGCCUGUGGAAAUCCCCACACCUGCUCCCAUCGCAACCGCCGCCACACCAGUUAACACCACCGCAUUAUGCGGUGGUGUUAAGCCGUACACGAUGAUGGGUGGUGGCGGAAGUGGGGGAGGCGGUGGGGGUCUCUCUGUGCAUUCUAAUUUUUUUGAUCACCUACAUUUGAAUCAAAGGAUGCCAAACAUAUCAGAAAAUGAGACCAAACCAUCAAGUGGUCGAGUUCUUCGACCAUUUUUUGAUGAUUGGCCAAGAACUGUGGAAGAACAAGAAGUGUUGGCCACAAGUCUGUCGAUUUCGGUGCCUGGAAAUGUUGGGUCCGAUUUCUCUUUGAAGCUUGCAACGGGAAACGAUGACGGUGGUCAACGCGGAGAGGAAGUUAAUGGCGAUCGCGAACGUGGUGGUCCGUUGAACUGGGGCAUGUUGUGGGGUGGCCAUCAUGUGGGUUCGAUGGGUGGGCCUCUUGCUGAAGCGUUGAGGUCGUCUUCGGUGUCGAAUUCGUCGUCACCGACUAGUGUUUUGCAUCAGUUGCAGCGCGGGUCGUCUACUACGGCUUCGGAGACUAGUUAUGUCAGCACUUGAUUGGUGUACUUGUUUGGGAUUAUCAUGGAAGAUGGUUUGGGAUUUUUCAUUUUUUUUGAUUGAAUUUAGUGUUUGUUUGUUUGUUUGUUGUGGUUAUGGUACACAUGAAGAAUGGUCGUUCGGUUAUAACUAACUUUACAACAUUGUUUGAUAAGUUAGGUGUGUUUGUCUGACUCUGUAUGUUAUAUAAUUUAGUUUUUUGAUUGUCAUAA